GGGAGACUGUUCCAAGAUGGCGGCGGGUUGCUGUGGGGUGAAGAAGCAGAAACUGUCCAGUUCGCCCCCCUCAGGCUCGGGCGGUGGUGGUGGCGCCUCCUCCUCCUCCCACUGCAGCGGGGAGAGCCAGUGCCGAGCCGGGGAGCUAGGACUAGGAGGCGCCGGGACGCGGCUCAACGGGCUGGGCGGGCUGAGCGGCGGCGGUGGCGGCGGCGGCUGUAACCUCUCUCCCCCCCAGGGCUGCGGCGGCGGCGGGGGCAUCUCGCUGUCUCCACCUCUGAGCUGCGGAGUGGGAACCCUACUUUCUACUUCGGCCGCCGCCACCGCCUCCUCGCCGUCCUCCUUGUCCUCAUCCCCGGGCUCCCGGAAGAUGGUGGUGUCAGCGGAGAUGUGCUGCUUUUGCUUCGAUGUGCUCUACUGUCACCUGUAUGGAUACCAGCAGCCCCGGACCCCCCGCUUCACCAACGAGCCCUACCCACUGUUUGUAACAUGGAAGAUUGGUCGAGACAAAAGAUUGCGUGGAUGCAUAGGGACUUUUUCUGCCAUGAAUUUGCAUUCAGGACUCAGGGAGUACACACUUACCAGUGCCCUUAAAGACAGCCGUUUUCCACCAAUGACAAGGGAUGAGCUGCCACGCCUUUUCUGCUCGGUGUCUCUGCUCACUAACUUUGAAGAUGUCUGUGACUAUUUGGACUGGGAGGUGGGUGUGCAUGGCAUUAGAAUAGAAUUCAUCAAUGAAAAAGGAUCAAAACGCACCGCCACCUACCUACCGGAGGUUGCAAAGGAGCAAGGAUGGGACCAUAUUCAGACCAUAGACUCCUUACUGAGAAAAGGAGGAUACAAAGCUCCAAUUACUAAUGAAUUCAGGAAAACCAUAAAGCUGACCAGGUACCGCAGUGAAAAGAUGACCUUGAGUUAUGCUGAAUACCUUGCUCACCGCCAGCAUCAUCACUUCCAAAAUGGCAUUGGGCAUCCCCUUCCGCCAUACAACCAUUAUUCCUGACACUGAGCCGCACAACCAGUCACUGGGCCUCUCUGCAGACCUCUUCCCAGGAGACCCUACACCUUCUUGGUCUAGCUAUCUCUUUUACUGUACUAUUUUAUGAUGAUAGUUUCCGUUGCCAUGGUGAAGCUUCAACAUUGUGAGUUAAGUGCAUCAUGGUAACGGGUAGGAGAAUGGCGUUCGUUAAGAAGAUCCUGUUUUGUUAUUUUAGAUCACUGAUUUUUUUUUCUUUUCUUUUUCUUUUUCUUUCUUUCUUUUUUUUUGUAGCACAUACAGCUUUUGGGGUUUUCUUUCUUUAAAAUAUUAGGUAUAUUUUUGCAUUGCUAUCUCAAACAGGGUUUCUGUCUUUUUUCCUUUUUUUUGUUUCCUCCUUUAUUUGACUGUGGAUGGAAGAAAGUAUGCAGUUUUUGAGGAUUUCUUAGGUUUGCCUUUAGUAUUCUUCAGUAAGAUAGACAUUUUUGAUAGCUGAGUUGGAGAUUAAUUCAUAACAAAUUCAGGUAUUUGUAUAUUUCUCUUCUCUUUGUUAUGACAGAUUAGUACGUGGGUCAAGUACACAUUUUUUCCCAUAGUUAAAAUAAGUGAGCUUUAGUUUAAGUAAUGAACAUUUGAAGGUCAGUGAUAGGGCUUGUCACAGAGAGCAAGAAACGGUGUACGCCUUCUGUGCUGGUUAUUGUAGAAGAGACUGCCUCGUGCUAUAGAAUCACUUUACAAACUAAAACACUGUUUUAGGAAAACAUGAGCUACCUUUCAAAUGGGCUGCAGAAAUCAUUUUGAAAGGCAGCAGAUAUUAAGAAGAGAUCAGAUGCAGAAUUUAGUGCCUUGGAGAAGACUAUAAUUAAGUCAAAUUAAGAGGGGUAUAAAAAGGCAAUUUAGAGAAAUAUUCUUAUAAAAUUUUAUUGUUUCUAUAUAAGAAACAGCACAUUACACAAAUUCCUUACUCCAAAGUAUUUUUUUAGCUGAAAAAAAAU